CUGGUCUGAAUCGCACUCCCGCGAAGCGCUCUCACGAGACUUCACAGCGCUGCUCUUAAAGGCACAGCGCUGGAUGCAUUUAUCUGCAGAGGCCAAGUGUGGAGCAGCAUGGGAGGACCGCAGGGAACGGAUGCCUCCUGGACGCCUCCCUGGGGAAGUGUUCAGGGCAUGUCCCACCGGCAGGAGACUCCGUGGAUGACCCAGGAUGCGCUGGAAAGACUAUGUCUCUCAGCUGGCCUGGCAACAACACCUUGGGAUCCCCCGGGAUGAGCUGGACAAAGUGGGAAGUCUGGGCGUCCCUCCUAAAGCUGCUGCCCCCACCACCCGACCCCAGAUAAGCGGAAGAAGAUGGAUGGAUGGACCAUAUUGUACACACAUACAGGGCUCUAUACUGCUCACAAGUUUAAGUUUUGUGAGAGCGUCAUGUUGAAUCUCCACCGAUCUUGUAAAAGUGAGAAGAAAAGCAAGAUGCCAUCAUCUUGGUCAACCAGAAGAUGAUGACAUGUGGGUGAUGCAAUAAAAGGGGCGCGUCCCUAGGCUAUCAGGCCUUUCUAUGGAACAUUACAUCACCCUAGCUCCGCCUCCCUUAUCUCUAGCAUGGGUGCACAGGCGUGCGAUGAACAUAUAAAUGAAGGACGAGAUGGUUACGCUAGAGGCAGAAGGUAAGUCUUUGCGCCAUCCAAACAUGAAGACACUCAGACACCGCCCAAUGAUGAUGACGAUGAUGAUGAUGACGAUGAUGGUGAACACAACAAGCAGCGGUCAGGAGGUUGCGCUGCAGGUGGUCCAGGACAAGUCUCCGCAUGCACCGCCUGCGCCACCUUCACCGCGGACAUCUUGGCUCAUGUUCAUCAACAACUCAGACGCCCGCAAAAGCUCCCCAAGAACGACAAAGCACGUCCCCCGGGGACCUCCAGGAUCUCGCAGCUCCCCGAGAAGGCCGGCGCCCUGUCCGUAUCGGCGGCAGCUCAUCGACGACUUGCUCGUCAGGUUCAACGGCGCCUCCACGAACGUGUUAUGCGGGCUGUGCGAGCGCCUUCCUCGAGUCUCCACCUCCUUCCUCGGCCGCCUCCCCCAAGCGGUGCAGGUGGCCAGUCGCAGUCUGGUGGAGCUUCCCCCCUUCAGUCAGGCCCCGCCCUUCGUGGCUGCUUUUCAACGCGGUCGCGGCUUCGACGUGAGCCACGGACGCUACACUGCCACCCAGUCCGGAUUUUACCUGCUGAGUGCCCGCCUUUGCCUCAAGUCAGGUGAACGUGUUCAGGUGCGACUGCGUGAGAGCGUGAGGGCAGCCAUUUGCAUCGAGUCACUCUGUCGCACCAAACCUUCCAUUGAUUCGGUGGUGGGCGUGGCCACCGUGAGAGAAGCCUUCAGCAUCACUCUGACGGGAACGCUCUUCUUACAGGCUGGCGAGUACGCGGCCAUCUACGUGGACAAUGCCACGGCCGGCAACAUCCGCGUCUUGCCAGACUCCUUCUUCUCCGCAAUCCUGCUGGGAACUUGAAACCGCUUCGCCUUCUGCAGCCGCAUGUGCUCCAACUCGGACAAAGUAGUUGAGCGGACGCCGCAUCGCCAUCCGUCCUUUGCAUAUGUUCCACGCCGGUCAUGUGAUGGACGCCCCACCCGAUUUGCAGAAAUGACUUGCCUUGCCGUGCCACUUUCACAAGGGCAGAAAAGCGAUCUAAGAGACAGGAAAGGGAGGAGCUGGAAAGUUUGCGAGUAGCUCCUUCAAAACUGGCUUCUUCCAUCGGUUGAGUAGAUUGAACCUGAAGUGACUAACCCUGUAUGAUGGCUGAUUGUUAGGACAUGUGCCUUUGCACUUAAAAUACGUAAAUAAGCAGACAGAGAGUUCUGUUGAUGAUGGUACAAAUAAAAAGAUACUUGCAGGUUUA